CGGUGCCCCAUGGUGGUGCUGCGGAAGCUGCCGGGCAUGCCGGGCUGGCCGGCGGCGCUGGGGCUGCGGCUGCCGCAGAAGUUCCUGUUCCUGCUCUUCCUCUCGGGCCUGCUCACGCUCUGCUUCGGGGCCCUCUUCCUCCUGCCCGAUUCCUCCCGCUUCAAGCGCCUCUUCCUCCCCCGCCGGGCCACCGCCUCCGCCUCCUCUUCAUCCUCCGCCUCCUCGUCCUCUGCCUCCUCCUCCUCCACCCGCGACACCGACCUGCCCCGCAGCCCCCCCGCCGCCGCCGAGCCCCGGCACGCCAGCCCCGCCGCCCCGCGCCGCCUGCGGGAGAAGCUCCGCACGGCCGCCCGCAUGGCCGGGCCGCCGGCCCGCACCGCGCCCGGCUCCCGGCAGCAGGUGCAGGGCGGCGAGAGCCGAGCCCAGCCCGCCAGCGGCGCGCCCCCGGCCCGGGACACGCGGGCCCCGUUCCGCUUCGACUACGAGCGCUUCCGCCGGAGCCUCCGGCACCCGGUGCGCGGCGGGCGGCCCGCAGAGGACCCCGAGACCCGCGCCCGCAGGAUGAAGAUCAAAGAGAUGAUGAAGUUUGCCUGGGAUAACUACAAGCAGUAUGCCCUGGGGAAGAACGAGCUGCGCCCGCUGACGAAGAACGGCCACAUCGGGAACAUGUUCGGAGGCCUUCGAGGAGCAACUGUGAUCGAUGCCUUAGAUACCCUCUACAUCAUGGAACUCGAGGAGGAAUUCCAAGAAGCCAAGCAGUGGGUGGAGAAGAGCUUUGACUUGAACGUGAACGGAGAAGCGUCCCUGUUCGAGGUGAACAUCCGCUACAUCGGAGGGCUCCUGGCCACCUACUACCUGACAGGAGAGGAGGUGUUCAAGAGCAAAGCUCUGGAACUUGGAGAGAAACUUCUGCCAGCCUUCAACACCCCCACUGGAAUCCCACGUGGAGUCAUCAACCUGGGCAGUGGCAUGAGUUGGAGCUGGGGCUGGGCAUCCGCUGGAAGCAGCAUCUUGGCAGAAUUUGGGACCUUGCACCUGGAAUUCCUGCACCUCUCCGAGCUCUCCGGCAACCCGGUGUUUGCAGAGAAGGUGAUGAACAUCCGCAGGGUGCUGAGCAGAGUGGAGAAGCCGCAGGGCCUUUACCCCAACUUCCUGAGCCCGGUGACGGGGAGCUGGGUGCAGCACCACGUCUCCAUCGGGGGGCUCGGGGACAGCUUUUAUGAAUAUCUCAUCAAAUCCUGGCUGAUGUCAGACAAGAAAGACUCUGAAGCUAAAAAGAUGUACGACGAUGCCUUGGAGGCAAUAGAAAAGCAUCUGGUGAAAAAAUCUGCAGGAGGCUUGACCUACAUCGCCGAGUGGAGGGGUGGCAUCCUGGAUCACAAGAUGGGCCACUUGGCCUGCUUCUCCGGGGGCAUGAUUGCGCUGGGGGCCGAGCACGCCGCCCAGGACAGGAGGCAGAGGCACCGGGAGCUGGCAGCAGAGAUCACCAGCACCUGCCACGAGUCCUACGCACGCUCGGACACCAAGCUGGGCCCCGAGGCGUUCCGCUUCGACGCGGGGAGCGAGGCCAUGGCCACGCGGCUCAGCGAGCGCUACUACAUCCUGCGGCCCGAGGUGGUGGAGAGCUACAUGUACCUCUGGAGGCUCACCCACGACCCCAAGUACAGGCACUGGGGCUGGGAGGUGGUCCAGGCCCUGGAGAAGCACUGCAGGGUGGAAGCUGGCUUCUCUGGCAUCCGAGACGUUUACACCACCACGCCCCUCCACGACAACAUGCAGCAGAGCUUCUUCCUCGCAGAGACUCUCAAGUACCUCUAUCUUCUGUUCUGUGAAGAUGACGUGCUGUCCCUGGAGGAUUGGGUGUUCAACACCGAGGCUCAUCCCCUGCCCAUCAACCACACGGACUUCAGAGCAGCAGUGCAGCCCUGAGGCCCCUGCCCAGCUCCUGCUCCCCCAGCCUGGGCAGACUCUGCUUUUCCUUUCCAUUGAAGGAAUUCCUGUUGUUCCUGAAAUGGUAUUUUGGGGCACUAGUCCAAUUCCGGACAGUAUUUUCUUGGGAAGAUGAACCAUGACUAAGCACCUUCUUUUCCUCUGUGAGGAGCUCUGUUAGGCUGAUGAUGAGAUGUUUAUUCUGGGCCAUACUGUACACAGUUCAUAGACAUUCCUUUAUACAGAGAAUUUAUAUGAAAUCCACUGAUUUUGCUUUAUAGUGGCCAAAGGACUGGAAGUUUGCCAUAAAAUAGACUUUACACACACACACACACAUCCUCCUUUCCUUUCUCUGUUUCAUUUCUGCCUUUGAUCUGCUCUUGCAUUUAUCACCUUUCCAGUGAACAGUUCUCAGUACUCUGGGCUUUCUGGUGCUGGGCUUUGGGGGCUCCAGGAGGGACAGGGGAGUUGUCCUUGGUGUGGGAGAGCAGCUGGAAUUCUUGGGGGUGGCUGAGGAGCCAGCUGAGAGCGCAGGAGUGAAGAGAGGACAGGGAAAGGUGAUGUUUCAGUGGGAAAAUAAGAGAAUCAGACCCUCCACGGACAGGAGCAGCCUCAGGUUGGAAUUUGCAGGUUUCAGGCCCUGCUCCUCCUGGGGGACUUGAACCAAGCUGGUCCCUGCUGGAGGGGGGACUCAGCAGGACAGGAGCAAUGCAGGAGGCUCCUGGAGCGGAUUGGUGACAAUUCCCCCUCCAAGAGAGGGGCUCUGCUGACCCCGAAGUGAAGAUCCCAGCUGUGGCCAUGGCUGGUGAGUUCAGCAUCCCGAGGGCAGCAGGGAGGGGGGAAAGCUCCCCCCUGGGAGGAGCAGAGCAGGCUUGGACCUCUCCAGAGGGGCAGGUGACACAGCCCUGGGGCCCAGGUGGCCCUGCCUGAGCAGGGACUGGGACAGACCCCAGAGGUUCCAGCCUCAGCCAUUCUGUGACUCUGUGGUGUCAAAACUGUAACUGAACCAAAACUUGGCUGCAAAAUCCUUGCUCCUGAUGUAUUUUUAUAUACUUUUUUUUUUUUCUGUGCUCUUAAAACACAUUUGCCACCCAUCACAUCUCAUUUAACUUUCCUUUAUCUUUUUUUUUUGUGUGUGUUUUUCUACUUUUAUUUGGAGCUAAAUGUUACGAGUCACUUGUAAUAAUUUUACUGCUGUAAUAGUCAGAUCUGUGAAACAGAAUAAAAGUCUUGUAAAAUAAAAA